GUGCAGCACACCAACAUGGCACAUGUAUACAUAUGUAACAAACCUGCAUGUUGUGCACAUGUACCCUAGAACUUAAAGUGUAAUAAAAAUAUAUAUAUUAAAAAAUAAAAAAACAUGAAUUGCAACCAAAAAAAAAAAAAAAAGAAAAUCCUUGCUAUGCUAAGAAUUUUAGCGAAGUCUCUGCAAGGGGAGGUGACAGCUCAGGAUGAGUAUGUCAUUACAUUGCAGAAGUUUGACAGAUGAUGUUUGUACAAGUUUUGACUUGGAAAGCUGCAUCUGUGCUGGAAGACUCAUGGGGAAUUAUGAAGAAUUUGCCAGGGAUAUUGCUCCAGGGAUAGUAAAUGAGAAUUAAGAUAUUUUUAAACAUAAGAAAAUACUAGGAUAGUAGAAUUUGCAACAGGAUUUAAAAAAAAAAAACACUAAAUAGAAGCAUAUGCGUUCUUCUUGAGCUAUUUUAACUCUACGAGUACAGUGUUCAACAGUCAAGUUACUUCUCAGGUGUCUGAAAGAUUUUUGCAUCCUGAAUUCAUUUGAAAUUGACCUUCCAUACUUAAGUUCCAGUUUUGUAGUUAACUAGCAUUUUUGCUUUGCAAAGGGACUCAUCCUUGUUAUCUUUAUAGGAUGAUGAUUUGAAGUAACCACAAAAUUUCAGGAAGUACAAAAUUUCUAGUUGGUUUCCUAAUUCCACAACUGUUCUGCAAGAUACUGUGUGCCACUGGGAAUCUGAGUGAAUUCAGAAAAAUUAUUCCGCUUUGCAGGAGAUAAACAAAAGGAGAAAGGAGCCGUAUCUACCUGGCAAGCGGCAGAGCGUUGACAGCUUUGUGACUCAGCUUCAUGACAGGCGAGGAGGAAGUGACAACUGAAUAAGGAAGAAGUUAAUCAAAAAAUAAUAAUAGAGUGGUGAAUAUCAAGAAUUUUGGCUAGAAUUUUAGGCAAAUAUGCUAUUCUUUUUUAAGAAAAUUCAAGGCAUUUUGAAAACUUAUUUUUAAGAGAUGUGUGGCUGGGAUCCUGGGCUUUGAGCCCAGGGUCUGGCUUCGUGGAAUUUUCCCAGUUGAAGUUAUUAAAAAAAAAAAAAGUGAAUUUUUAGAUCAUGUAUCUUCAGAAUGAGUCCCUUUAGGAAGCAUAUUGCUGCCUGGCAUAUACAGUUGACCCUUGAGCAACAUGUUUGAUCUGCGAGGGUCCACCUACCCAUAUGGGAAUGUUUUUCAAAGCAGAUCAAGAAUAGAGUAUUUGUGGGAUGUGAAACCCUUGACUUUUCAUACAGGUGGGCUCUGCGGGGCAGACUGCGAAACUUGAGUGUGCACGGAUUUUUGUACACCUGGGGGUCCUGGGAUAAAUCCCUGGCGAAUACUGAGGGACAACUGUGUUUUCUACCUCUUUGAUACUUACUGCAUGGAUUUUGGUACACCUGGGGGUCCUAGGACCAAUCCCCGGCAAACACUGAGGGACAACUGUGUUUUCUGCCUCUUUGCUACUUACAUGUGGCCCACAGCGUCACCUGGAAACUUGUUAGAAAUGCAGAAUCGUAGUCCUCGCUGCGGAACUGAUGACUGAGAAUACGCAUUUUGACAAAAUCCCUGAGUCCUGUGCACUCAAAAAUUGGAGACAUCCAGGUCUGCACCAUGGUGAAGCUGCUCUCAGGGGAGAACCCAGAAUGCAGACCCUGCCGGUGGCCUCUGCCCUCAGCAGUCACCGCACUGGCCCUCCCCCAAUCAGCCCCAGCAAGAGGAAGUUCAGCAUGGAGCCAGGUGACGAGGACCUAGACUGUGACAAUGACCACGUCUCCAAGAUGAGUCGCAUCUUCAACCCCCAUCUGAACAAGACUGCCAACGGAGACUGCCGCAAAGACCCCCGGGAGCGGAGCCGCAGCCCCAUCGAGCGCGCCGCGGCCCCCACCAUGAGCCUGCACGGCAGCCACCUGUACACCUCUCUCCCCAGCCUUGGCCUGGAGCAGCCCCUCGCACUGACCAAGAACAGCCUGGACGCCAGCAGGCCAGCCGGCCUCUCGCCCACACUGACCCCGGGGGAGCGGCAGCAGAACCGGCCCUCCGUGAUCACCUGUGCCUCAGCUGGCGCCCGCAACUGCAACCUCUCACACUGCCCCAUCGCGCACAGCGGCUGUGCUGCACCCGGGCCUGCCAGCUACCGGAGGCCACCGAGUGCUGCCACCACCUGUGACCCUGUGGUGGAGGAGCAUUUCCGCAGGAGCCUGGGCAAGAAUUACAAGGAGCCCGAGCCAGCACCCAACUCUGUGUCCAUCACAGGCUCUGUGGACGACCACUUUGCCAAAGCUCUGGGUGACACAUGGCUCCAGAUCAAAGCGGCCAAGGACGGAGCAUCCAGCAGCCCUGAGUCUGCCUCUCGCAGGGGCCAGCCUGCCAGCCCCUCUGCCCACAUGGUCAGCCACAGUCACUCUCCCUCUGUGGUCUCCUGAAGGGAGCGCCUCCUCCGACACCACGUGGAUCUGCAUGGUUUGCCUGAGCUUUGAACAGUCAGUACUUAAAAAAAAAAAAAAAAUCAUGGGGGUGGGGUGGGGGGAAGGGAAGGGAUGGUUUAUUCGCAAAAACCAUGUUGUUGGGAUUUUUGGUCUGUUUUUGUACUUGCUUGGUAUCCGUACAAGGGGGCCCUCAAACAUGAUAGCAGGAACUAUGUGUGAACAUCUGUCUAAUGUAGCAUCCUUAUUUCCUGCCUCAGUUACCAAAGAAACCUCUGAUGCAGGUCUGCUGCCCCGAUGGGGCCAGGACUCCACAGCGCUUUCUCAGUCACAAGCCAUGAUGAAUCGGUGACUCGGACGCUUUGUGCUUUUUCCUUUGCUUCUUGACACCGGGGUGUGUGUGGCUCAGCUUCCACGGCGUGUUUGGUUCGGUCCAUGUGUGUGCGUGUGUAUACUUGAAGAGAACUGUUGUGUCUGAUUUGCACUAUUGGAGGACUAAAGUUGCCUGACAACUUUGUGUGUGAUGCCAGAACUCUGAGGGCAAACUGCUGAAAAACAAAGGGUUUAAGGAUGAGAUUUCUGACCAUUUGUGUGUUUGUUGUUGUUACUGUUUUUUGUUUUUUUUUUUAAUCUAGACAAUACAGCUUUGGAAGGGGAAGUCUCAUACAGGUUAUAGGUCUUUCUCUCUCUAGAUUUCAGGUGCUUGCAACUGGACUGCAGACUCUACCAAUCACGGGCAUUUUACCUUCUCUGAACACUGCAGUUUGUUAGACUAGAGCUGAGGUUGGAGGAUUCCAUAGUGCUUUAAACCUGAUGCAUGUUUUAAUGGAGAAAAAAUAGCUGGUUUCUAUUAAUUAUAUAGACAGUGAACAAAAACGUUAAUACUUACUAUCUUCUUUUCAGAAUUAGUUUAUUUUUGUCAGUUACAGUCCUAGAUAUACUUACUGCUGGUACAGUUGUACUCUAAGAUUUGUAUUUGAUAUUCACUUUACUCACAAGUAGUGCGGGAGGCCAGCUCCUGGCAGGCCCUCGCGAUGAGCAGUGGGUCAGCUGCGGUGUGGGAUGCUGGAGUUUGGCUGCAGGCUGACAUCAUUUAUUUUUGCAUCCCUGUCUGCUUUGUUACAAGCUCCCAGGGGAGGUGGGGUUUGCGUCUUCCAACUUCCCUACAUGCAGAAACUGCUCCCUUUGAACUCUCUUGGCUGAACAGCAGAUUACUGACAAUCUGUGAUAUGGUGUUUUAUACGCUUCCUCGUACGCUGGGGCCAAGGCAGUAUACAUUCCUCUGACUUUAUACUGUUAUUACUGCAUUUAUUAUUUGCUAUAUUAAUAGCUACUAACUAGAAAUUAGAUGAAGCAAGCAUGUCAGACACAGCUGUGGAGGUCACAGCUGCUCCUUUUUGAUCAAUGAGCGUUUCUAUCCCCUCCCCCGGGGUGUGCUGUGUCCCGCCUGGCCCAGCAGAGGCUCACGACGAUGGCGCCUGACCAGGUGACGUGGGUGUGGUCACCUUACCUGCAAGGCUUCGUGGACUGUGCACACUGUGCGACCCCUGGUUUUACAGUUUAGCUGUUGAAUUUUGGAAAUUGGCACUGGGUGAAAAGGUCGGAGGACUGGCUCUUGUAGUCACAGAGUGGCUGCAGGCCUUUGAAAAGUGGAGGAAAGAAAAGCCCUUCUCCUUGCCCCGCACACAUUUCACUCCCACUGUACUGGGCUUCCAAGCUUUGGCAUUCAGGCCCCUAUAUUUUCUGUAGGAAAAAUCGUGGAGAACACUUUUUUUAUAUAGGUAAUUUUAAGACCAUCAUUACGCUGUGCGUAAAGAAUGUACAGAGAAAUUUGUAGGUAUUUUUUGAAGAACAUUAAUUUGUUAAUGAUAUGUAGCUAUUUAAUUUUUCCCUUUCCUAUUGUAAUCAUUUUUUUGUUGUUUGGAAAAAAAAGUUGAUCUUUUUUUGUCGUAGAUUUGUCUGUAAAAGUGCAGGAACACAGUUAUUCUAUGAGAACACUGCAUCUGCAUUCAUAGCCACUAGUUUGUUAUUGCUACAGGCUACUGAGCGUCGUAACAGGAAAACAAACAACCCACUGCUGACCGGCUCGGUGGAGGACACUCCUGGGACAGGUCUCUUUGUCAGUGAACAAGGGCGUCACUCUGGGAGGGGUCAGCGGUGCUGGCGGCCGGGUCCCUGGUGCACUGACCUAUCUGGGAUAGGCAGUACCCUGGAGGGGGGCCUGGGGCAGAGGAGGCAGCAGAAAACCAAACAUUUCACUGAGAAAGAGCCCCCUCCCUGCUCUAAGAAGGGGCUCCGUGAAGUUCUUCCCAGAGCCGCGCUGCCUGCAGUGCGCUCUGACCUUCUCUCCAUGUGUGUAAAUCUGUAAUAUACCAUUCUCUGUGGCCUGUUUUUCCUGGAAGAAGAAAAAAAAAGGUUUGGCAGGCCAUCUUUUUUUUGUACUUAAAAGUAGCCUUAAGAACAAUAAUAAAGUGCUCUUAAACCA